CUUUACACCCCCUGCACUUGCUGCCUUAGCUCUCUCUGUGCACCAUAGUCCUGCUACCUCCAUGACCCUGGCCCUAUUGCCCCCAUGUUCCCUGGGUGACCUGCCUCCCGCAUCCCCUCUCCUGCCAUGCCCUCUGGGGCACCUGUUAUCCUCAUGGCCCUCCCUCACAUCUCUGUCACCCUGCUCUGGCUGCCCCUAUAACUGCCUGUCACCCUGCCCUUGUCACUGCCUAUUGCCUUGCUACACCAGCCUGUCACCCUGCCUAUCACUCUAUCCCUGCUUCGCCCUGCUUCUUUUUCUCAGCCCUUGUAGGUUUUAUUUUCCUAGUUUCCCACUGUUGGGAUGCUUUAGGAUCAUACGAGUUCUAGUUAUAAUACCUCAAUCAAUUAAUCUGUCCUUGCAAGUGCAAGAUAAGAUCUGAUCCAUCCUGUGCUGGGGGCUCCUAAUUGGAUAGGUGUUUGUACAACACCCUAUUGUGAUGGGGCUUGAUCCUGUUCGAAACCUUCAGGUGUUGUCACAACACAAAUAACACAUAGUAAUGUGUUUAGCAUGUGUGCGCUACAUGCAGAGCGGGGUCAGGGAAGGCAGGGGCAGGCUAUAACUCCAUUACAUGGGAGCAUUAGGGAGCUUUUAGAGUCAGACAAGUGGAAAAGCUAUUGCAGUCUUAAGUUGUUGCGUGUGAGCUUAGUCAUGACCCUGCUACACGGACUAGUCAUGGAAGGUUAUAGGAAGGAGGCUCCUACCCAGAGAUCCCAGCUUGCAAUAUGGACAGGUUUUGGUUAAUUUGUGUCUAAAAUUCACACAGUACCCUCGAUACUGUAACCAGAAUGGCUAAAAGAUUUUAUAUGUGGAAAAUAUUGGGCCAAAUUCAUUCCUGGUGUCACCCCAUUAAAGAGUUCAACCAGGGACAAAUUUGGCCCACUGUAGUAAAAGGGGAAAAAUAACUUCUUCCUAUGCGAGGGUCGAUAGCAAUGUAUGAGGUGUUUGGGGCCACACUGCAGCCUACCCUAUGCAUUCAGGGCUAUAGCCAGCUGUUUGAAAUGUGUGCUGGCUCUGCUGCUCCCCUCCUGUGAUUACACCUGUAACCCCACAUGACAGACCUGAUGUUGUACAACAGGAUCAACACUAACCCUGCAGGUGCAGUUAGACUGAAAUAUGGAGCAGGUGUUAACCCUUGGGAUACUGAAGAGUACAUGUUUUGGGUACCUCUCCUUUUCCCCUCACCAGGCACGCGAUUCCCUCCACCACCAAUGAUCCCUCCCUGCCAAAGCAAUUUCCUCCUGCCGUUCAUUCUCUCCUCUCAGCUACCAUUAUUGCGUUGCCACACAGAGCUCUGAACUCUGUAUUCGUUCUUGGCGUAUGGGAGGAGUUGUUAACCACCAUCAUAGCAGGAGAGCAGGGUCAGAGGAGGAGAGGGAGAUUUUUGAGAGCAGAGAGGCAGAGCCAGAUGGGUUUCUCUAUUGCAGAGUCCCAAUUUGACCCAUCUGUCAGCCAUUAGAAAACAGCUCUUCUCCUUUGGUGCAGCAACUCCAGUGGCUUCUAGAAAUUAGCCAGUUUCCAGAUGACGUGUGUUUGGAAAUUAGCUUAUUUUCCUAAGGCUUAAUAAUAAAAUCUGAUGAAGAAUUAAGUGAACUUGCUAAUGGCUACGAGAAAUGUUGCUGCAGAAAAUUAAAUGUCAUACAUUGGAUAUCUGCCUUAUCUUCUGUUUCUGCUUUAAUGAAAGUUGCACUGUUGUUACCUGGAAAGAUCGAAGAAUGCAGAGCACAGAUUGGCUUGAUUUGAGCAGCCAUACGCUAUAAUUUUUCAGAGAAAGAAGGUUACCUACAAAGAGAAGAACGUGUAUGGUGCAGAGCUGUGGUGUAACAGUUGGAUCACUUACCUUGAAGAACUUAAUGGAAUAGUUUCAUGCAGCGAUUAAAUCCAGUAUUGCAGACAAAGCCCUUGUUGAACUAGUUCCUUGGACUUUUGUGGUUCUACCUAAGAGCGGGAUGGCAGCAGUAAGCAGGACUCUGGGUUUGUUGCGUCAGGAUGCAAUGCACAGGUUACUACCCAUUGUUUGCCAUCUGCAUACAUCCCUCAGCCAACAUAACUCCAACAGGACGUCCAUCGCCCGCAUUCAGAGGCAGACAUACGGCAGGUCCUACCCAGUGCUCUUGGUCAGGCCUGAUGGAUCUACUAUUCACAUCCGCUAUAAGGAGCCAAGGCGGAUACUUACAAUGCCUGUAGACAUUAACACUCUUUCUGAGGCCGAAAGAAAAGCGAGGUUACGGAAACGCGAUUCCAGAAGGCUUAAGAGCAAACCGGAGGAAGUGUUGGAUGAUUUUAAUUUGGACGAUUACAGAAAAUUUUGGAAGAAGAAAUGAAUUUGUUCUGAGGAUCUGUGGAAGUGUAAAGGGAAGAUUUGGCAACCCGGGCCUGCAGAGAAGGAGACUAACUUACUGUUAUAAGGAGAAAGUUCGUAGCUGAGUAAAGAUUUUCUUUCUCUUCUGUG